AUGAAUACAAGACUUCUACAACUUGAGAAUCUCGUCACUCCUGAAGAACAUACCAUAAGAGAAAAUGGCCUGGGCCUUAGUGGUGAGAGUAGGAUGGAGUUUCCCUACUGGCCUUCUAAGUCCCAGGCUGUAAUCUUCAACUCUUCUGAAAUCUUCAAGACUUCAUUGAAUCUACAACGGUCUUCCUGGGUCUGGGGUUUCCCGGGGCAUAUGCCGAUAUCGCAAUGCCCUUGGAAAUCCCAAACAAGGGUAGAACUGAUCUUCAAAACUUGA